AUGCAAGAUUCUACGAGGGAACAACAGCGGAGGCAACAAUGUCAACAGCAGGAGGCACGACAGGCUAUGGAUAUCCUGGCAGAGAUGUCCUCAAUCCUCAACACGGGCCUUGACCGAGAAAUGCUGUCCAUCUGUGUAUCUUUAUGCGAAUCUGGUGUUAAUCCCGAAGCACUAGCUGCUGUCAUCAAGGAACUCCGGAGAGAGAGCGCAACGACGAGAACUGGUGUCGCAUAA